GUGGCCACGUGAAUAUUGCAUUAAGUAUAGAUUCGUUUCGUUUCAAUAUAAAUCAACAACUGCAGAAGCAGUUGCAAGGAGACCCGUUGACCAGAAGCUCCAUGCAUCUUGUGGAAGACAUUACAUCAACGUUGGAAUUGAUUAUGCUAUAUUAG